GCUCCCGGCCCCCGCGCCUGCCCCGUGCAGCCCAGAUGAGCCUUCGCGCGUUGGCGGCGCCCGCCCCGCGUCUCCUCCGCACGCUUCUCGCUUCCGCCAUGAGCACUGGCAGCUUCGUCGUGUCGCAGCCGCUCAACUACCGCGGCGGAGCUCGCGUGGAGCCGGCGGACUCCUCCGGCACCGAGAAGGCGUUCGAGCCGGCCACGGGUGAGCGGAUGGAGUCGGUGGGGAGUUACUUCCUGCCCCUCCGUGUCGUGCGUCACCGGGGCCCGGGGAUCCUGGUGGAUGCGCGGUGCCCCGCGGUCUGGACGGAGCCCAGAGUCGGGGAGCGGACAAAUGAAAUUGCCAAUGUGGAGACCAUCAACAAUGGGAAGUCCAUCUUCGAAGCCCGCUUAGACAUUGAAAAUUGCUGGCAGACCCUGGAAUAUUUUGCAGGCUUGGCUGGAUCCAUGGCUGGUGAACACAUUCAGCUCCAAGGUGGAUCCUUUGGUUAUACCAGAAGAGAACCACUGGGGGUCUGUGUGGGGAUAGGAGCAUGGAACUACCCCUUCCAGAUUGCCUGUUGGAAGUCAGCUCCAGCUUUGGCCUGCGGAAAUGCCAUGGUCUUUAAACCUUCUCCCUUCACGCCUGUUUCUGUUUUGCUCCUGGCUGAAAUCUAUACCGAGGCUGGUGUGCCUCCUGGGCUCUUCAAUGUGGUGCAGGGAGGUGCUGCCACCGGCCAGUUUCUCUGUCAGCAUCGCGAUGUGGCCAAGGUUUCCUUCACCGGAAGUGUGCCUACUGGAGUGAAGAUCAUGGAGAUGUCAGCUAAAGGAAUCAAACAUGUCACCUUGGAGCUCGGGGGCAAAUCUCCUCUCAUCAUCUUCUCUGACUGUAACAUGGAGAAUGCUGUGAAAGGGGCACUGAUGGCUAACUUCCUCACACAAGGCCAGGUUUGCUGUAAUGGCACAAGAGUAUUUGUGCAAAAGGGAAUUUUUGAUAAAUUCACUGAAGAAGUGGUGAAACAGACCCAAAAGAUAAAAAUUGGAGAUCCCUUUUUGGAAGAUACAAGGAUGGGUCCCCUUAUCAACAAACCACAUCUGGAGAAGGUUCUUGGCUUUGUUAAAUUGGCAAAGGAAGAGGGCGCUAAAGUGUUAUGUGGUGGAGAUGUAUAUGUUCCUGAGGAUCCCAAAUUAAAAGAUGGAUAUUAUAUGAAGCCUUGUAUAUUAACUAAUUGCAGAGAUGACAUGACCUGUGUACAGGAAGAGAUCUUUGGACCUGUUAUGUCCAUUUUAUCAUUUGACAGUGAAGAGGAGGUUCUGGAAAGGGCCAACAACACCACUUUUGGACUAGCAGCGGGUGUUUUUACCAGAGACCUCCAGCGGGCUCACAGAGUAGUGGCAGAGCUGCAGGCUGGAAUGUGCUUCAUUAACAACUAUAAUGUCAGCCCAGUGGAAUUGCCCUUUGGUGGAUAUAAGAAAUCAGGGUUUGGCAGAGAGAAUGGCCGAGCGACAAUCGAGUAUUAUUCGCAGCUGAAGACUGUGUGUGUGGAAAUGGGUGAUGUGGAGUCUGCUUUUUGAAAUUCUUCUGUGAGGUCUGUCCAUGAGAGAAUUGAGAGCUUGUCAAAUCUAGACUUGCAGUUAUUCUGGAUAAUUGUUCAGUGUUCUUCACCUAUCACUCACCUCUCUAAUGAAAAUGUGCCUAAAUGCCCUUUAGAUAGUAAUCAAGGAAACUGUGAUUUUCCUCAAAGCUAAUUUCUGUGAAAUCUGCCAAAGCCAAGAACGCACUUCAAGAGAAUAGGUAGAUUAAACAUUACAUUUCUUCUACUUCUGAUUCCAGCCAUGUUAAUUUCUUCUUUCUUUUUCUUUUUUAGCUUACUUUAAAGAACAUGAUACUUUGUAGUUUCCUAGUAGACUCAGUAGAUAUGA